AGUCUCCACUGAGUUAUCCUCAAAGCGAAGAAAAAAGCUUCGGUUUCAAAGUGAGUACAUUUUCCAUCUUCAGAUUGGCUUGUUUUGUUCAGUUUUACUUUGAGUGUUUGAGGUUAUCUGUUCGACGUAACAGCUAAACCCACCGCUUCCUUUCUCGUAAAACCAAAACAAAAAGGCUCCUCUACUUCAGAUGCCCUCUACCUGUACUGAAUGGGGAAGCCAGCUAUAUAAAGUCCGCGAUGCUGUGUGGGUUCAAACACAUUUCAAAGCUUCGGGAUCUUGAAAGGUUUCGCUCUGCUUCCUGAAGGCCCGAGCUCCGCUCCCGCAGCGCCAUGGCUGGCUUCGGAUCCCAGGGGCGCGGGGCUCCGGGGCGCCUGCCCCCAAGGACCUGGCCCUGCACCGCGCUGCUCUCUCUCCUUUUCAUCCCUGUCUUCUCCGAAGGGAUACAGGUGACCCAGCCUGCAGUGGUGCUGGCAAGCAGCCGAGGUGCAGCCAGCUUUGUGUGUGAGUAUGAACCUGCAGGCAAAGCUGCCGAGGUCCGGGUGACAGUGCUGCGGGAGGUUGGCAGCCAGAUGACCGAAGUCUGUGCCACAACGUACAUGGUGGAGAAGGAGUUGACCUUCCUAGAUGAUUCCACCUGCAUUGGUACUUCUAGUGGAAACAAAGUGAACCUCACCAUCCAAGGGCUGACGGCCACGGACAUGGGCCUCUACAUCUGCAAGGUGGAGCUCCUGUACCCACCUCCCUACUAUGUGGGCAUGGGCAAUGGAACCCAGAUUUAUGUCAUUGAUCCAGAACCAUGCCCGGAUUCUGAUUUCCUCCUCUGGAUCCUUGCAGCAGUUAGUUCGGGGUUAUUUUUUUACAGUUUCCUCAUCACAGCUGUUUCUUUGAGCAAAAUGCUAAAGAAAAGAAGUCCUCUUACUACAGGGGUCUAUGUGAAAAUGCCCCCCACCGAGCCAGAAUGUGAAAAGCAAUUUCAGCCGUAUUUUAUUCCCAUCAAUUGAGAGACCAUUACGAAGAGGAAGACUAUUUUUCUGAUUUCUAAGUGCUGAGGCAAUUC